CAAGAGCAAGAAGAAUGAUGAGAGAAGCUGCUUAUAUGGCUGGUCUCACUUCUGAUGCUCCUGGUAUAACAAGGUUCACUCCAGUUGGUUCCCCUUUACCACGUCCAGAGGAGGUUAAUCCUCAGAAGCUAUCAUUAGCUCUAGAACCAGAAGUAGCUGCUAUAGCUGCACAGCAUAAGUCAGCAGUAUCAGGGUCCCCUCCACAGAGAUAUAUGGUAGUUGACAUAGGAGGAGGUACAGUUGAUAUUACUGUACAUGAUAAGAGUAAUGGGAGAAUUAGUGUAGUACUACCACCAAUGGGUAACACCUGGGGAGGAACAACCAUCAAUGAAGCAUUUUCUCAAUUAUUUCAAGAAAUAUUAGAAGAUGAAGGUUUCAAGUCUUUUUCAAAAUCAGAUCCAAUUCGUGCAAGAGCUGCUCUAAACAAACUUUUAUAUGGAGAGUUUGAAGAGCGUAAAAAAGUAUUUGGAGACGCAACCGAAG